AUGAGCAAAGAAGAGUCUUUCAGCGAGAAAAGUGUGUUGGAAGAACACCAAUUGGAGUUGAGCCAAUCUUCUUCCAAUGACUCCAACGAACCUAUAGCCUUUACCAGAUCGCGCUACGAACAACAUGUAGAGCACCAGAGAAGGGAAUCUAAUGUUUCCAGAAGAGGAUCAGCUUCUUCAAUGCAAAGAUCGUUAGACAUAAUCAGAAGAAGCUUAACCGGAGAAAUACAGCAUUCCAUCGACUCCAGCAACGAAGUCCAGGCCUACACUGUCAAGGACAUCUACGGUGACUUAGACGUGAACGAAAUCGCUUUGCAGAGAACCGCUACAAGAACCACUAUCUUGAACGAAUUGGUGCAAAGAACUCAAGAACAAGAAAUCUCUAGUGACGAAGAACUGGAUUUGGAGAAGCAAAUAUCCAAUAAAUACGACGAGUACGACCCUGAAGCCACUUUACCAGAAACUUCUAUUCCAAUUCAGAACAAUGGUGAGGAGUUCAACAAGAUAGAUCCUGAGUUAAUCACUUUUAAUGGACCGGACGAUCCAGAGGACCCCAGAAACUGGCCCACAUCUACCAAAAUUGUCUUGGUUGGUUAUGUUUCUUUAUAUGCAUUGGUUGCUCCAAUGUCUUCUUCGAUGUUGUCACCAGCCAUGUCAGACAUCAUCCAGACUUUCAACAUCAAGUCUGAAACCAUGGCCGCCAUGGUGGUCUCCAUUCAGAUAUUGGCUUGGGCCUUUGGCCCUCUUAUUAUUGCUCCAUUGAGUGAGCAUGACAAUAUAGGCAGAAAAAUCGUGUUGGAUGUAUCGUGCUGGAUGUCUUUAUUGUUCAACAUUGGGUGUGCCUUUUCGCAAAAUACAGCCCAAAUGAUGGUUUGUAGAUUUAUCGGCGGCUUGUUUGGAUGCGUUCCAAUGAACGUUUGUGCUGGUGUCAUUUCUGAUUUGUUUGACGCCAAGUCUAGAAACAUGGCUCUUGCCAGUUACUCCUUAGUUCCAUUGAUGGGCCCAGUAAUUGCACCUGUAGUUGCUGGCUUCAUUGUAGAAAACAUGCAAUGGAGAUGGGUAUUUUACGUGUUGUGUUUUUUCAACUUUGCUGUUGCACUUUCUGCUACAUUAUUCUUCAAAGAAACGUACGUUCCAACAUUGUUAAAGAGAAGAGCCAACAAGUUGAGAUUGGAAACCGGUAACAAUGACUUACAUACCAUCUACGAAAUUGCUGAUGGUGAAACCACUAUUGGUAGAAUGACGUUAUGUAUGGUGAGACCUGUCAAGCUCUUGUUCACCCAUCCCAUGAUUGUUGGUUUGGGUUCGUUCAUGGCUUUCACAUAUGGUUUCAUGUACUUGAUGAUUGUCACCUUCCCAACCAUAUUUGGUGGCAUCUAUGGCUUUGACAAGGGUGUUACUGGAUUGAUGUACCUUCCAAUGGGUUGUGGCUUCAUCUUAGGUGUAAUUAUCUGGACUUAUCUUGUCGGAAGAACUUACAACAGACUAACCGAAAAGAACGGCGGUGUUCCUAAACCGGAAUAUAGAUUACCCUGUUUGUUUGCCUGUUCCAUCAUCAUUCCUGUUGGUUUGGUGUGGUUUGGAUGGUCUACUCAAAAGAAGUUGCACUGGAUCAUGCCUGGUAUAGGUUCAGCGAUCUUUGCCUUUGGAUUGGUAUGUGUUUUCCAAACAACCCAGAGUUACUUGAUCGACAUGAACCCAAGAUACGCAGCAUCCUCCGUUGCUGCUGCCGCUUUAUUUAGAUCGUUAUUUGGAUUUUCUUUCCCAUUGUUUGCAAACUUGAUGUACGCCAAGCUAGGCUACGGCUGGGCCAACACAAUGUGCGCAUUUAUUGGCUUGGUUUUGGGUGUCCCCUUCCCUAUCUUCUCCUACAUUUAUGGAGAAAGAAUAAGAAACUGGGCCAACAAGAGAAUCGAGAGAGAACAAAUCAAGAGAGACCAGAAAAACUUGCAACGGUUGCAAAAGAAGAACCUUGCCUAA